AUUACUUUGACGUGUACAAACUGUGUGAUCUUCCAAUAUUUUUAAUUUACUGAAUUUUUCCCUGUUUUUAUGAAAUGGUUUCAUAUUAACAGUGGUCAGUUUUAUUAAUAGCUGGUAGGGGUAUCUAAAACGAAAUGGAUUUCUUGAAAAGCGGCCUCAAAACAGUGCUCGGCGCCCCGGAGCCAGGCCAACAACCUUCGGCUGCCGAAACGGUUGAAAGAUUAGUCGACAGGGUUAAUAAUUCAACUCUACUUGAGGAUAGACGAGAUGCAUGCAGAGCACUCAAGGCAAUGUCACGUAAAUAUAGGGUAGAGGUUGGAGCCCAAGGCAUGGACACUUUGAAACAGGUUCUAGAGCUGGACAGGGCUGACAAUGAAACAAUAAAUUAUGCCUUAGACACACUCAACAACAUCAUGUCACCAUCACAAUUCGAAGAGGAAGAAGACAACCCUCACAUACCCAUGAAUAUUGGUGAACAAUUUACAGAAAUGUUCAUAAAAGACCACCACAAUAUUCAGCUUGUUUUAGAAUUGCUAGACGAAUAUGAUUUUAGAGUUAGACUCUCCGUUGUUCAGUUAUUAACUUCAUUACUAACAAAUAGACCUAAGGAUAUACAAGAAAUAAUCUUAGUAAAGCCAAUGGGGGUGUCAAAAAUGAUGGACCUAUUAGGUGAUACCAGAGAAGUAAUACGGAAUGAAACGCUUCUGUUAUUGAUCAAGUUGACGAAAGGAAAUGCAAAUAUACAGAAGAUUGUAGCUUUUGAAAACGCCUUUGAUAGAUUGUUCGAAAUAGUGUCGUCUGAAGGUUAUUCAGAUGGCGGGAUAAUUGUUGAGGAUUGUUUACUGUUAAUGUUGAAUUUGUUGAAGAAUAACAGCAGUAAUAUAUACUUCUUCAAAGAGGGUAGUUAUAUACAAAAAAUGCUACCAAUGUUCCAUACGCCCGAUGAGGCCGAAGACGCCGGCUGGUCGCCCCAAAAAGUGUCAAACGUGCACUGCAUGCUCCAAAUAGCAAGAACUUUAGUAUCGCCGAGUAAUUCCGUACAGAUUAUCUCGUGUUGUCAAAAGAUCAUGAAGAACGUAGGUUUAUUGGAUUCACUGUGUAAUAUUUUGAUGGCGAGUGGUGUUCCUGCUGAUAUAUUGACAGAGACGAUAAACACUGUGGGGGAGGUCGUUAGGGGGGAUGUGACAAACCAGGACUUCUUGGGGAACGUAAUGGCGCCAUCGAACCCGCCGCGUCCGGCUAUCGUAGUACUCCUUAUGUCUAUGGUCAAUGAGAAACAGCCGUUUUCUCUAAGGUGUGCAGUACUAUAUUGUUUCCAAUGUUACCUUUACCACAACGAAAUGAGUCAAGCCGGACUUGUGCAAACCCUACUGCCAUCAUCCACCGAUGUCUCCAGCCUGACCAGCGGCCAGCUCCUCUGCGGAGGCCUCUUCUCAUCAGAUGUCCUGUCCAACUGGUUCUCAGCAGUAGCUCUGAUGCACGCUCUGACGGAGAAUACGGUUCAAAAGGAACAACUCUUGAGGGUUUUAUUGGCGACGAAUAUAGGAAGCUCUCCAGUGUCGUUGCUUCAUCAGUGCACAUUGUUGCUGCAGCAGACCACGAAGCUUCAGAGUAAGGUGGCGCUCCUAAUGCUCCUAUGCCAAUGGAUGAGCCAAUGUCCGCCAGCAGUCAGUGCCUUCCUCAAAGUGCCCGGCGGCGUCGGCUACCUCGUCAACCAGACGUGUUCCAACGAACACGACGAGAAUGAGUACCUUCUCCAAGGUCUCUCCGCCUUCCUACUGGCGAUCUGCAUACACUUCAACGAUGACUCCGCCGAGAAUUAUACGAAGGAUUCCUUAAAACAGCUGCUGCUGAAGAGGAUCGGUAUGGAGACGUUCACGGCCAAGCUGAGUGAGGUUACGAAGCAUGAGCUUUAUAAUAAAGCGGCGAAGCAUCCACAGUUGAGGGUAAAGACGCCGCCGGAGAUACUCAUAGACUACGAGUUUUGCAGGCUCUUCAAAGGUUUGGAAGGUGUACUUAUUCAAAGCUUAAUAGACAAGAAAGAAAAUGGUCCUAAUGAGCUGAAUCAUGAACGAUCAUCUCCUGAGAGUGGUACGUUGGACCAGUACAAGAGCCUGAUCAGACAACAGGAUGCGAGGCUGCAAGAACUACACUCACAGGUUGAGGAACUUUUACAGCAGAAUCAAUCAUUACAGGGUGCUCUAAAUGACUCAUUAGCAUCUAAUUCCCAUCUUAAAGACGAGAACACAUUAUUGAAAGCUCAAGUUUCAGCUGCCAAGUCAUUGCCAAGUAACCCAGUGCAGGCUCCAAGUCAAGAUGAUACCAAAUUAAUAGAAUAUGAGGAAAGAAUCAAACAACUAACAGCUGAGGUAACGCGACUGGAUAUAGAGUUGAAAAUAUCACAAGACAGUCAGAAACUUGCCGCUGAGGAGUUGGAGACACUGAGGAAGGAUCAGGAUGACUUAUUGGUGUUGUUCGCAGAUCAGGACAUGAAGCUGAACGAAUAUAAAAUGCGACUGUUGUCCCUCAAUCAAGUGUUGGAUGAAGGUCCCAUGGAGCCUCCACAAAACUUAACAUAGUAGUAAAUUUUACAUUAGUUUAUUUUAAGACCACACCACUCAGACACAGCUAGUAUGUUAUCAAUUUUUGUUAUAAUAUAUUCAACUUUUAACGACCUCAGUAGUCUAGUGGUUUAGCACACCGCUUUGCUGUGAUUGUCGCGGGUUCUAUUCCUCGCGCAGUACAAACAUUUGUAUUAAUAAGUAUGAUUGUUUGUAACGGU